GACAGAUUGUUUUUUAUCCGCGAUUUAGCUCGCGAUACCACUAUAUGAUUCUAAAAAGUAAAUUUAUCAUUUCAGGUUUUUCUUUAGUUCUUAACCAGUUACAAUCGCCAUUUAGUAAAUUAAAAACAUUUUCUGACAGUAUAAAGAUGUCAUUUUGAUUUUAGUUCGUAUAAUAUUUUUUGCUAAAUUCCCAUUGUAAGAUGCCGAAAUACUAUAGAUUUAGAGCGACUACGCCCACCCGGAAACCCAAACGAUGUAGGGAUAAGGAAAAAGAAAGAGAAAUACAGAAGAAGAUCAGAUUCGACACUGAAAGGAACUGGCUAGAUGUAACACUAGCUUGCACACCAGCGCCAUCUUGGUAUCUCAGGCGUACAUCAUGGCGCGAGAGUCCACCAUUAAUGGGACUUCCUCGUGAAUGGGCUUCGGGUCUCCGAGCAUCAAUACAACUGACCAAUCACCCUAUCUUAGCCUUCAAGAUUCCGUCAAGUACUCUUGCUCAAGAUAUGAAUCUGUACUGAGAACUCAAAUAAUUCUUUAUUCAAAAUUACAAGUUUCUUCAGGGAUAUUCCAUUGAAGUGAUGUUUUUGUAGUCAUGUAAAGAGUUCUAUUGUUCUCUUUGUUUAUAGCCGUACAAUUGUACCAAAUAAUUAUGCUGUGUGGGUUAAUACAUAAUUAA